AGCGAAGUCUCUCCUCUAGGCCCAUCUGUUAAAUAUGGGUGACAAGGGAGACGCAGCCAAGAAGCAACCCCAACCUCCAGUACCACCACAGCAAAAGCAACAGCCAGUUUCGUCUUCUCCCAAAGACCCAGUACUCGAGGAAGCAACAGAAACAAUAUCACACCAUCACCAACCUUCACCGCCGGUCCUCCCCACCGGUGGAGUUUCUCCAUUUAUCUCUGCCGCCCCUGAUCUUUAUGCUCCAAGUGGUGCAGUUUCAUCAUCGUUUGAACAACAAUUUGAGGUUGUGAAUCCAAAGAGAACUCGAUGUACUGGCCGAUGGAAGCAGCUUCUACCAUCCCCAAACUCACAUCAUCAAAAGCAGACGCAGUUGGCAAUACAAAGCACGGAAUCUAGCCCGUCACCAACGAAACUUGCAACCAACCCACGAAGCCGAGAACCAGAUAUCACGGCUGCUUCCUCCUCAGAUACGGCGUCAUCUCCUUCGCGCUCUCCUUUGCGUUCUUUGUCUGCUGCUUCUGGCCAGGACACGAACAAGUCAGAGGGAGAGCAAGUCCACCAUCAAACCAGGAAAGGGAAAUAUGUAAGCCCAGUCUGGAAACCCGAUGAGAUGCUUUGGUUGGCAAGAGCUUGGAGGAUUCAGUACCAAGGUGGGUCUGAAUCGGAUGGGUCUGGUUCAUCUUCAAGAGUGGAGUACUUAGAGAGUGGUCAGACAAGAGGUAAAACUAGAGCCGAUAAAGAUGGAGAAGUCGCUGAUUUUCUUCAAAGACGUGGGGUCAAUAGGGAUGCUAAAAUAGCUGCAACGAAGUGGGAUAAUAUGUUGGGGGAAUUCCGGAAGGUUUACGAGUGGGAGAGGGGAAGUGAGAGAGAAGUUGGAAAGAGUUACUUUAGGCUUUCUCCUUAUGAGAGGAAGCUCCAUAGAUUGCCGGCUUCGUUUGAUGAAGAAGUUUUUGACGAGCUUUUGCAGUUCAUGGGGUCUAGAACGAGAACUUCUCUAAGUAGUAGAGGAAUCAGUUCAGGAAUUGUCGGCAUGGAUGAUACUCGCAAAGCUCUUGCUGGGGCAAAAGCCCUGCCUCCACCUCCUUCAUUCAAAGAAGAUGAGCUCCCUCUCUCAGCUCAGGCAAAACAACUGGUUAUGACCGGUGGAAGUGAACGGCCUGCAUUCCAUGGUACCAGAGGUACCUUACUAGGGUUCGAGCCUUCUCUAGACAUUGUAGGCUCUUCGUCUUCAAAAGAGCUUCGUCGAAUUGGAAAGAUACGAAUGACAUGGGAAGUCAGUUUGCUUAUGGGCCGAAGAAGCACCAUGGAAACCUUCGAAGAUGGUCCUCUUAGAGGCUUCUCUGUGGAUAGAUUCGUUCCAGGAAAACAAGUCAAAGUUUUCGGCAGGAGAAAGUCUUCGUCUGCCACAGCUUCUUUUGCUUCUCCUUCAUGGGAACUUCAAGAUCCGUCGGAGUACUACUUAGGGUGCCUCCGAGUUCCGCCACCCACACUACCAAGCUUGUUUGAGUUGUCAUGGCACUUACAAGAGCCACCAGCUGAAGACUUGCGUUUUCCACUGCUAUGGGAUGUUUACCGGGACUUACCUCAAGAGAAAGAGCUUUUCUUUACAACCUCUACCGAUAUGUUAGACUGUCGAGCCAUCACCGACGAUAUUCUUGGCCCAAUUAUACGACAUAACCCUAGUAUCAGUGGUACCACUGCUACGUGUAGAGACUCUUUUAUUGGACUUUGGGAUGAUUGCAUUAACAGGAUUGUGUCUAAGUUUUGUUCUGUUGAAAUGGUUGUUAUAAGAAAACCCUCUUCAGCAUCGGAGGAAAGGUUGCAGGAUCAAUGGCCGAAUGUGACAGGUUUCGUGAGGAACUUUUGCUUAUGGAGAGGAGAGGAGGCUGAUCAAUUAAGGGAUGGAGCCUUGGUGCCCUCGUCUUCCAUAGCGGAAAAGGUUCUGUGGACCUACACGGAUAUUCCUUACAUCUUGGGCUACCAUGCUGUUGGAUAUUUGGUCACCUUUUGCGCAUUAAGCCGCGGACGUGACCGGAUUAUCCGAACGGAUUUGUGCUCCCUAGACCUAUCUUCGGUGGAGAGACUCAAAGCCCUAGUUCCAUGUUACAGAAUUGCUGGCCUAUUGCCAUUGCUUGCAGACUGGUGCUUCAGCAGCUUCAAGAACGGUGGAAAUCUUAAGCUAUUUGCUUAUAAUGAUUUUGAGAGGGUUAAUAUGGGAAAUGGAAUUGUCAUCGAAACGACACCAAACACUGUGACUCGGCUUUUCUCGAGCAAAAGAAAAUGGGCUGCAGUGAAGGAAAUCUACGAUUUUCUUGAUCACCGAAUCCCACACGUGGAAUCCAUUUUCCUAUCAUCGGAGAGAGAUCUGGCAUUGGUGUUUAAGCCAAGAGGGUGCAAAUUCAAACCUACCAAUAGUGAUCUACUUGUAGAGGCUCUCAAGUACGUGACCAAGGCUCUGGUGGCACUACAUGACCUAUCUUUCGUACACAGAGACUUGGGUUGGGACAAAGUGAUGCGACGAAACGACAGGGAAAAUGAGUGGUUCGUGUGCGGAUUAGACGAGGCAGUGGGUGCACCACAAAUAUAUCCACAUAGGAUGCCAGCAGAGGCGGCGCGUAUUCGGUACGCGCCGGAGAUGGGAAGAGGACUACAUGGGGUUAAAGUAGAUGUAUGGGGCGUGGGUUAUUUGAUAAAAACGGGUGGGUUGGCUGGGGUCCCGAAGAUGGUGAGAGAGCUUCAGAGCCGGUGCUUGGACCCGAACCAGGAACACAGGCCGACUGCAGUGGACUGUUACCACCACCUGCUUCAGCUGCAGUCAUCUCUGUCGGCGGGUGGCUACUGACAUAUAUGAUUGAUAUGGAAUUAUUAAGCUUUUUAUAUUUUUUUCUUAGCUU